CGCUAUUUAUGCUGAACACCGUAGACAGAGCCCUAACUACAUUUUCGAGGUUCAUUGUUCUGUGCUGGGCAAAACGUUUUGUCUACGUUCACUUUACCCACAUAUAAACAACUUUGCUGAGGCUAAUGUCUUGAAAAAGUGGUUUCCUAACGUCCAAUUCGAGUUUUAGCCCUGGCUGUAAACAGGGAAUCAAACGUUCUGCGAAGGACAAGUAUAAAAAUUCAGGUGACGGGAACCAACAUGCCUGGUGUUAGUCACCCACUGGAAGCUGCUUCUUUGACAGGCCAUGAUGCUUUCGUGGAGGGAGUCGAAUUUAGCAGUAAUGGAAAAUACAUUAUGUCUAGUUCCUCAGGUGAGCUGGAGGAGUCCUGCUUUAAACGCAGAUUUUGCUACAUUUUUCUAUUAAGAAGUAAAAUUAAUUUCCUCACUAAAACCUGAAAGCAUAGAAUGCGAAAAUUACGUUUAGAUAACGUUCUGCGUGCGUGAAAAAGCGCGAAACAGCGCUAUAGUGAAAACGAGGCUCCAUACAGGUGCUAUUAUCGUGAAUCAACAUGGCGGCUGUUGAGGUUGCUACUCUGAGUACGAUCGCACUAUCUUCAGUAAUUGCUGCUGUAGUAUUACUGGUCAUUCUAUACAUCGGUUUCAAGAGUAAACAGCCAAAAGAUGAUAGCUCUGAGAAUAUUAAACCAGAAUUAGAAGAGAAGCACCCGAUCAAUGGAGAAAGCAAAGACAAAACGAAGCAUCCUAAAGGAAAAAGGGGAAAUCCUCAAUUGAAGAAUCAUCCCAGACAGUUCGCUAUUCUCAAAGGCCACACAGGAGAUGUUUUUGAUUUGGAGUUUAGCUUGAACGGAAAAUACAUGGCGUCAACUUCUCUAGGUUGUCUUAUGGAAAAAUUGGCUUAUUUUGGAUUUAUAUUGAUUUUCUCUGGUGUACACGUACACAAUUUUGGUUUGUCACGUGCAAGUGAUAUCAACCUUGUUAUUUUUUCAUUUAAGCCUUUAUCUUAAACGAAAUUUGGUGUAAACAAUUUAUUAUUUAUGUUGUUUUUUCAUGUGGAUUUGUGACAUUUUACACGAUGAGUUUUAUUGCAAAAUUCUUGCUUAAAAUGUGCGAUUGCAGAAAUAUGAUUGCCAGGUCUGUUACAAUGAGCAGUUCAUUGCGGAAUCCCCCCGACUUCCAGAAAAUUGAAUUAGUCAAUUUGGAGCUUAUCUUUAUUUGCAUUGUUUUGUUGAUAGAGGAUGCUGGUUUUAUGCCAGUAUGAUAUCGAAAGGAUAGUUUAAAUGAAGUACGCAAACAUUCAAACAUUUCCAGCCUGAUCUAAUUUUUUGGGUUUACAAAUUGAGUAGAGUUAAUUAAGUUAACAUUCGAAGUCUUUCUUUCUCUCUCUCUCUGGAUUUUAUUUUUCGGCUGUUUUGUCACAGAAAUAAGAGUUUAUCUUAGAAUAAUCUUAGAAAUUUGCAAUCUUGUCUCAUGAUGUGUCAUUCUUUAAAGACACUUGAUUGAGUGAUGCAAUAUUUAAAGAAUUUUUACACAAAAUUUUAAUUUUGUCUGACCAUUUGAAAUAUGCUAUUAUUGGAGAAGAGGAUGAUACAGAUGAUAUCAAACAAACACGUUUUUAAAACAGAAAUUGUGGGAGAAUUUUCAGUAUUUACUUCACUGAGUUGUUAAUGAAAGAAAAAUCAGUCAUCUUUCCUCUGGUCUGAUAAAUUGAAUGAUUUUCUUAUUUCAGAAACAAGAAGUCAGAUUAUGAUCUUUUGUUCUUCACAAUUUACUGAAAUGAUUUUGCUUGUAUCACAUCUUGUUAGUUGUGAUCAGUUCACCAGUGUAAUUGAUAACAACAAAGUUCAAAAAAUUUUAUAUUACAUUUUAAGUACUUAGGAAGUGAAACAACAUCUGUUAACACAAUAGGAAUAUUAUCUGUGAAGUGGUCUAUUGGUUGAAAAUGGUGCUUAUUUGUUAAAAAUAAAGAAAAAACUGCAAAAACAUCCAGGUCAUUUAUCAUUCUGAAAAGAUGCAGAUUAGAUUGGUUACUAAUUAUUGUUGGUAGAGAAGUAAAAGAUAUUUCAAAGUAUUUCUUCAAGAUUUAAAAUAUUUCUAAUUUAUUACCAAGAUUUUCACUAGUUUUUUUGUCAGUAGGGAAACUUUUGAAAAUCUUUAUCCCAGAUAAUUUUGAAGAAAGAGAACACUCUGAUAGUUUUUAAAAAAAAUAGGAAAUGCUUUUAAUUAAACAACAACAUUUUCAAUAUUUGUUUUCCAGACAGAACAGUGAGAUUGUGGAGUGUAAAGGAUUUUAAAGAGAAAGAACAUAAGUAAGUUAUUAAUUAUUGAAUAUUUCUUUACUCAAAUGACAGGUAAGAUUUGACAUUGUCUUAUUGGAUCACAUUUCUUUAACAACCCAGACAAAUUAGAUAUUUUUUUAGGAAGGCUAUUUAAGGUGAAUACUUUUAUGGCAAAGAUAUCAAAUGAUAACGCACAAAAUUUUGUCAGCAAAGUGUGAGUGGUAUACAAGUAAGGAUGAAAACUGGGUCAUAAUAAAAAUAUAUCUGAGAGUUUUGAAAAUAUUUUCCAGGGUUUUUCUUUGCAGGUCUUUGAACUUUGAGAGUAUCUUUAAUUAUAGACCAGAAAGGAAAAUUAGAGGCAUGUGUUUAAUGUCAAAUUACUGAAGGAGAAAUUCAGCCCUCAAUUUGAAGUUAGACAGAUUUCUUGAAUAUUUUGUUAAACUAAUAUAAAUAUGGUUUAAGGUUAGAAUAGACCUGAAUGUGAGGUUAAUUUAUCUCUCCAUAUAAGACUGAAGUCCUAAAUAAUCUAAAUCCAGUUACUGUUGUGCUAACAUAUCAAGCUGCAAAGAGCCAUUUAAAUUCAUCUUCCUCUUUAGUAUAAAUGUGAAGGGUUUCACACUAAUUCCUAUUAUCUCCUAACAUAUUUGUCCUUUAGUAUUAAUUUGAUAACAUUCCUGUGAGGGUUUGCUGGGUAGAACUUAAAGUUGGUUCACAGGAAAUAAGGCAAAUAAAAAAUUUUUUGUUUUUUCUGUUUUUACUGUCAGAUAUGUGCGAGCCAAUGUAGAUUUUGAUCAUGCUACAAAAGUCAACUUUAGUCCAGAUACAAGGUAAGAUGAUGUAUAACUAGUAGAAUCUUUAUCAAAUUACUGUUUGUAAGAAUUAAUCGGACUAUCUGGCCUUGUUGUAAAUUGAAAAAUUCAGGGGCAAGCAGGUGCUGCUGAAAUGUAGAUGUUGUUGGGUAUCAAAGGUCAAUUUACUUAAAUACCUUUCAAUCUAGGAAUGAACAUAAUGGAAGCUUCUUCUCAGUAUCAAUACAUUUUCAAGCAGAAAGAUGAAGGGUCAAAAGAAAAUCAUAAAAUUGGAGAUAUUGUCUGAGUAAACACUACAUUCUUUGGAAAAAAAUUUGGAUCAAUAUCAGUAUCUGGGCAACUGCCCACCUACCCCUCCCCUAACUCAACAUUAACAUUAAGUUAAUGUUAAUGUUUGGUUAGGGGAGGGGUAGGUGGGCAGUUGCCCAGAUACUGAUAUUGAUCCAAAAAUUUAAUAGAAUCAUAUGGCAGACAAUGCAGAGAAUUCAUAUUUUGAUCUUGGGAGAGAAUGCUAUCCUAUACCAGUUUUUACUUUAAUGAUUGUGCGUCUUUUCCUUUGCCUCUGCUUGAGUUUUAACUCACUGAAUCAGUUAAGAGAAGUCACUGCAAAGUAACCAACUCUAGUACAUGAUUAAAUAUACUAACUCUAAGAAUAAGUGGCCUCCUCAGGCUGCAACAUAGUAACAGUUUGUUACUAUCCUUUAUGUUCAAACACCUUGUUAUCAUUGUGUCAAACUGAAAAAAUCAAUGAAUUUCAAGACUUAGACCAAUUGUAGCUUGAAAUUUGAAUCUGGCAUCACACCAGAGUCGAAUACCGUGCGUGACAAGCUAAAUGACACUACACGACUCUAGUGUGAUGUCUGAAUCAGAGACGUGCUUCUGCCAUGCUCUAGUCAAACCUGUUGCAAUUAAGUUUGGCAUGGCAGAAACACGACAUCUGAGUUUUAGCUGAGAUUUACAUGUCACAUCACAUUCUCUUUAUAUUACUAAUUUUAAAUGAUUUUUUUUGUCUCAUUUUUCUUUCCCUCUUAGGACACUCUGUUCAGUUGAUCUUAUCUUAGUAUGCUAUAGUGUAUCACAAGUUUUGAUUUUGAAAUCAAAUAAAUUAAACAUUGUCAAAUUUUGCAAGAAUGUGCCCUCUCUCUCACAUUCAGUGUUGUCACUCACACUUCUAUGAUCUUCAUUUCUUUAACUUUAACCCUUUAACCCUUAAGAAUGAUUAGCACCUAAUUUCUCCUUACAAUAUCAUCUCCAAAUCACACAUUUAGGUCAUGAGAAUAAAGGAAAUGAUCACUAACUAAAAAAGCUCUUGAUUGUUAAACAAAUUCUCCUCAUCAGCACUGUAGGAUAUGUAUAGGGCAAAGUAUGGAGAGUUUGCAUGUUGAUGUUAGGCUAUAAAAGGUUAACCAAGCUUCUCUUCUUCUUACUGUUCUGUCAACAGUGAAGAUACAACUCAACAACAACCCGUUCGCUUCAGGUUUGUUCAAACUUGAUAAACCUAAGCUUGCAUGGUUGAUAAUAUUGUAAAGUUUUAAAAACAUUCUUUUAUUAUAGCAACUAUUUAUUAAAAAAUGCAUGAAAUUUGUAGCAACAACAUUUGUUAAACAAUUAGUUUAAUGUUUAAGUUUAACCUCUUCUUUUAAAUUGUUGUGUCUCACAGUUUAACAGUGCAAAGUUAAAAAAAUAACUUAUAAUGAAUUUAAAUCUCCCAAAAGAAAUACAGUAUGAAGAUAGCACUAAUUAAAAGCAAUAUUUAUUGAAGUUUGUAGAGUUAAGAUAAAUUUGUAGUUAAUCAAUAAACACUACAAGACAGAUUAAAAAUCUGAUCAAUGUCAGUAUGUGAGCAACUGCACACCCACCCCUCCCCUAACCCAACAACAGUCAACUUAUAACAAGGAAGGGUUGAUAUUGAGUAGGGGAGGGGUAGGUACACAGUUGCUCAGAUACUAACAUUUACCCAAAAUAACAUUUUAAUUUGAUUAAAUUCCUGAUGAUGAGUGAAAACCUCAGAACACCCAACACUAUUCUUGACUGGUUGAAAUAGAGUUUAAAUUCCUACAUUUAAUAGGAAUUUUGAUACUCUAUAACUCCCUCUUUGAGCACCUUUUUAUCCUCAGUUUUGAAAGCCUUUCUUUUUAUCUUACACUGAAAUGGAUUGAAAAACCUCUCUGAACAUGUACAGUGAUUAAUAUCCUUUAAAAAACUGUACAACACACAGUAAUUCUUAAGUUAAGUGAGAUCUUCUUUCUUUCUUCUCUCAAGUCUUACUUUUUUCUUAACUCAGUUAACCUUUUAACUCCUAUAAGUGAUUAAGAUUAAACUUCUCCCUAUAAUAUCCUUACACUAUCCAGGAAACAGGUAAUGAGAAUUCUCAAACUCAUCAGGUAAAAGUUGUUAUCUUGAUCUUACACCAAAUUAUCAUAGCAAAUUUAAAUUAGAAUUAAUGGAAUUUAUAGCAGUGAAAGAGAAGAAUCCAAAAUAAGAACUUGGGAGUAAAGGGUGAAAAUAUUUUCUUCAGGAACACUCAUUGUAUCUUUUGUUGUAUUGCAGAGCUUUUAUUACAGCCUUAGCAAAUGGAAACACAAUCCGAGUAUUCAAAGUAAACAAAAAGAAAGAUGGUUCUGGAGCUUCUGUCACUGGUGAAUUUGAUUUUCCUGUCAAACAUUCAGCAGAGAUUAUCAAUAUUGCUGUGGCCUCCAAUGGCAAGUUCAUCAUGUCCUGUUCCAGAGACACUACAAUAAUCAUCUGGAAUUUAAAGGGUAAGGCUCAUUCCAGCUUUGUGAUAGUCUGACAAAACUUGAUUUUAACCCCCUCCUCCCUUCAAAAUCCCAGUUUAGCUCUUACCUUGUCAGUUUCUUAGAAUUUCCGGUGAACUUCUAUGUGCCAGGGUUGUUAAAGAUAUUUUCUAUUUUAACUUGCCAGAAAUACUUCAUAUUGCUUUCAGCUGUUCUAAAGAUAGUAGUGUUCCCUUUGGUACAUUUGAAAUUUUGCAGUGCAGUAUUCUCAUCUUUGCAAAUCUAAGUACAAUUUCACGAAUUAAUAAUAAGAAUCAAUGUCUCUUGUGGUGUUAGAGUGUCAAAAGAUGAAUCAUGACAAGUUUGCACAAGUUUUUAGUAUUCUCUUCCACAUUCUUACAUUCUCAUUUAUAGUAAUAAUAUAAAAUUGCUCCUCUUAUUUUGUCUAAAACUUGUUUAGGUGAAGUGCUGUCAAUAAUUGACACCCGUCAGAUGAACAACAGCUACGCAAGCUUAUCUCCUUGUGGAAAAUUUGUUGCAUCAGCAGGUAUAUUAGAGUAUUAUAUCUCUCAUUUGUUAUGUGCAUUAUGAUUGACCAAUUAAGUGGUUCGUUUUUAAAAUAAGCCUGCUAAAUUCGAAAAAUUGUUUCAAUUGAAAUAUUCUCCCCCUAUUUGAACCCAGAGAUAUGAAGAAAAUUAAGUGAGAAUUGUGACCAUCAUGCUUUGCAGUCAUCUAUGAGUGGAUCUCAUUAACUUUUCAUUGUUUUUACUCAGGUUUCACCCCCGAUGUGAAACUUUGGGUUGUGGAGUUCACCAAGACAGAUGAGUUCAAGCAGGUUUCAAGAGCAAUGGAGUUGAAAGGUCACUCUGCUGGUGUCUUUCAUUUUAGUUUUUCAGCAGAUUCUACAAGGUAAGAGCUGAUUCACUGUCACUGAAUUACUUUUUUCAUUCCAAAGGCCUUGAUGGAGGGUCAUGUGUCAAAAUUUUAAACAGGUUCACCAUUUUUUUCUUUCUAGGAUGGCAACUGUAUCAAAGGAUGGAACCUGGAAAAUAUGGGACAUUGAUGGUGAGUUUAUCUGACACUACAAUUUUUAGGCAAAGUUGUCUCUUUUAUUGGUUAUACAGGUUUGUGCCGCCCCAAAAAGUACAGUUUCUUAGCGGUUUUUUGGAUAGGUUCUGAAUUAAUAUUAGGUACGGUUUCCAAGAAAUCACAGGAGAGUAUGUUUAUUCUACUCGUCUUCUCAUCUACAAAUCAGGAUUAGAAAACGAGGUAAAUUUUACCAAUAUUUAACGUUUGUACAGAUGCCGAGUCUCACUAAAGUGUGAAAAAAAUGGUAUCUUUUAGACUGAAAUAGGGUCAAGAUUUGGAAAAUCGGGUAGCUCUUCGCUAUCAAGUAUUCCAAGAAGUACCUCCCCUCUCCCUAAGCCAUUAAGCUCUUUCCUCCAUUCCAGAAAACUUUUGUAGAAAAAGACCCAAGUGUUGGUCUGUUGGAAGUCUUUUUGAUUGAUUAGUAAGGAAGUCAUGUUGUACAGAUGAGGCUCUUAAAUAUCCUCUUUUGGUUUAUUAUCCAGUGGAGUUCACGAAGAAACAAGACCCACAUUUACUAAUGACAGGAAUAUAUGACGCCUCAUUUGGAGUCUACAAUAACAUGCUGAUAAGUAUGUCCCCAGAUGCGUAUGUCACGGCUGUUGCUAUGGGACGAUCUAUUGGAAUUUUCAACACAGAGAAUGGAAACCUGGAGGAGCUGUUAGAGGAAGUACAUGGAGGUAUCGGAGAAAUUUUUUAACUGAGUGUCAAAAGUAAUCCGUUAUUACUUUGGUUCUGCUUUACUUCGCUUUGUGAUUGGUGGAGAAAACUUGCGCCACUUCCUCAACCAAUCAAAUACAAAACUAAAACCAAUCGCACUCAUCCAAUUUUUCCUAAAUCUUUAUUUCUUCGUAAAUUCUCCGAUAAACGUUGCACUACAAGUCGGCUAGAAGAUUAUAUGUUAGUUAUUUAGAUUUGAAUUAAAAAAAUUGCAUCCUUCCUAGUAAAAAAAAAUCAACCCUUUCACCAAACUCGCAUUUAUCAACUCAACUUACUUUAUAAAUUCAGUUGAUAAAACCAAAAUUAUCCCACAUUUGCAUUAGCCUGUAAGCAGGCUCUCAUAAGCGCUUGCGCGAGAACCUCAUGGGCUUAGCGAGUCGAGGGCGACUUUCGCGGGCUUCGCGAGCAGUAUCGAGGGGCCUGUGCGGGAGGCCACGCAACAUUUUCAUUAUUACGUGUCGGAUUGACAUUAUGAUUGAGUCACCUUAUUUUUUGUUGUCAAUUUGUAGAUGACAUCACAGCCAUUGCGUGGCACCCCAGUUCUCGUUACUUGGCUACCGCGGGCGGAGCAGACCGUCAGAUCAGAGUGUGGCAUAAUGCGGCUGGUAUCAGGAUUCAGAUUGAUGACUUACAGGGGAGAAUGUACCGUGCUAAGAAUGAAAACGUUAAGGUAAGUUAACAUUGUUCGAUGACGGCACAUUGCACGUGUUCAGUUCCUGAAUGCGGCGACUCGACCCAUUCCUCCAUCUCCUUUUUUCACUCUGCGCUUUAAAGUUUUCGCUGCUUCACAAACACCGCGCUGCGCUUAUGAACUGAACAUCUGUCGCGGGUUACAUUCGUUGUAGCUUGUUACGAUACUUCCUAUCACAAGAUCUUUUGCGUGAGAAGAUAUAACGUGUGAGAUGUUACAGUGACAGUGUUAUGUUUAAUCAGCUUUUUUCAGUCAAUUUGACAAUUUUUAUGUAUUUUUCUUUACACAGGAGAGAUUAGAACAGCAAAUUCUUGAAGCAAGGUAAACUGCCUCUUUAUUCUUUCUUCGCCAUGUUUAAACAAAUAAUAUUAAGUGGAUAGAGUUAUUCACGUGAAUCUACAGGAGUAAUUCUCAUUCAUAAAACUUUUAUGGAAGGUCACUUAGAGUACAUCUCGAGUAGUGUCUUAACCUAAAAACCGAAGUUAUUUCAACGACCAAUCAGAACAUAGAGAAAUAUCACGAGGAGUCAAUGGGAACCCAGAAACAAGCAAACCACCUAAAGCGUGGGAAAAGGGAUUUAAGAUGGAAUAAUAUCUGCUUGAUUGAGAAAGGAGCUUGAGUUCUUUUUACCAAUCGUUAAGCAAAGCCAGGAAAAAUGAAUGUGGCUUACUGCAGGUUACUUCUAACGCUGAAUUAAAAGUUUUCUGUUGUUUUCGAUUCGAAUUAUUGUCAAUCACUUCUUUUUUUUUCUUUCCUGUAAACAGGGCUUCUCUAGACAAACUGAACCUUAUCGGCUAAGAAGAGAAUAAACCAAAUCAUUUUACGAAGGUCACAGUGGAAGAAAUGUCAAGGCAGAAAGAAAUAUUUUAAAUUCUCAACAAACACAACAAAAUAACGCUUUGUGGUGGUCCUGCAAACCACGGCAAAAACAGCGAACUGUGAGGAAAACAGCAUUGACUACAAUCAAAGAUGAAGUUUACCGAACAAAAAACGAAAUUUAAGUAUUUAUAGUACUUUUUUGAUUUUUUUUGUAUACUAAGUCGGAUAAAAUCUUAUUUGGCUUUCAUGAAUCUUU